AUGGCAAUUAACGAUCUGAAUUUUCAACUAAGAACAGAAGCAUCCAUUCAAAACUUGAAAAAUCAGAUUGGUCAGUUGGCAACAACAGUAAACGAGCUGAAGUCUCAAGGUCCUGGUAAUCUUUCCGUACAACCAAUUGUUAAACCAGAGAAUGUUACUUUGAGUUCAAGAAAGACUAUUCAAGACUUGCAAGAGCAGCAACUAAUAGAUGAAGAUCUUAGUGCUACUGCUUCAGCAAGUGAUUGCAGCCCAACAAGAUCAGUGACAGUGAGCAACAUCUCUACAGGUACAACCGAGCAAGAUCUGAAGGAAUUUCUUACCUUUCCAGGAAAAAUCGAAUACAUUGAAAUGAAAAGUGAUUGUGACUCAUUUUCCAGUAAUGUUGCGUAUGUUACCUUCAGUAAUUCAGAGGGAGCAGAAACUGCAGUUCUUCUCUCGGGAGCAGUGGUGUGUGGACAGUCUAUAACAAUAGAUUUGGCUCAAGAUUAUGUUCUCCCAGCCUCUGCUGCUUCUGAAGCUGAGGCAACAGAGACUAGAAAUGCUGAGACUGGUGGUUUGAGGAAGGCAGAGGAUGUUGUGAGCAGCAUGCUAGCCAAGGGCUUUGUUUUGGGUAAAGAUGCAUUAAAUAGAGCAAAGGCCUUUGAUGAAAAGCACCAGCUUACAUCCACGGCCACAGCAAAAGUUGUUUCUUUGGACCAAAAGGUUGGUUUAAGUGAAAAGAUAAGUGCUGGAACAGUGUUGGUGAAUGACAAAGUAAAAGAAAUGGAUGAGAGAUUUCAAGUUUCGGAGAAGACUAAAUCAGCAAUUUCAGCAGCGGAACAAUCAGUGACCAAUGCUGGCUCUGCCAUAAUGAAGAAUCGUUAUGUGUUAACUGGAGCUACAUGGGUUCUUGGUGCUUACAAUAGGGUUACUAAGGCUGCUGAAGAGGUGGGAAACAAAACUAAAGAGAAGGUUUUGGCGCAGGAUGAUGAUCAUGUUCAUGCCACAUCUCAACCCUCCAAACCUGAAUCUCCACAUGCUACCACACCUGAUCAACCUUCCAAACCUGCACCACCUCAAGGUUUGAUCCUUUGA